AUACCAAAAAAAUGAAGAAAAAAAACACCAUUAGGCUUCCUUCAUUUUUCUUCUCUGAUUCUCAAAACUCUGAAACUCUCUCAUAUUCCCUUCUUCUACCACAACACUCGCCACCGCCACUCUUCAACUCUUUCUCUUAAACCUCAGAUUCUUCUGAAACUUGCCCCAUUGUUGCUCUCUAUUUAUAUUAUUUAUUCGUGGAUAUUCUUCCUAAGCAGUGAAGAAUGGAGACUUUAGCUCAACUGGAAGCAUUGUGUGAGAGGCUUUAUAAUUCCCAGGAUUCUGUCGAGCGAGCACAUGCUGAAAGUACCCUGAAAUGCUUUUCCUCAAAUGCUGACUACAUUUCGCAGUGCCAAUAUGUUCUCGAUAAUGCAUCCUCUCCCUAUGCAUUGAUGUUGGCUAGUUCGAGCUUGUUGAAGCAAGUGACAGAGAAAAGCCUUCCCUUACAGCUCCGGAUUGAUAUUCGAAACUAUCUCAUAAACUAUUUGGCCAGCAAAGGACCUGAACUGGAGCCCUUUGUGCUUGGAUCUUUGAUCCAACUCUUAUGUCGUAUUUCAAAAUUUGGGUGGCUAGAUGAUGAGAGAUUCUGGGAGGUUGUUAAAGAGGCAGCAAACUUCUUGAGUCAGGCACAAUAUCAUUAUGCUAUAGGUUUGAAGAUAUUGAAUCAGCUUGUUUCCGAGAUAAAUCAGAACAAUGGUGGAUUACCUGCAACUCGUCAUCGUAGGAUUGCGAGCUCUUUUAGGGAUCAAUCUCUUUUUCUGAUAUUCCAGAUAUCGUUAACUUCUCUCUUUAAGUUAAAAGCAGAUGUUGGGAGCAAGUUGCAGGAACUUUCUCUUAUGCUUUCUCACAGUUGCUUAUCAUUUGAUUUUAUGGGGACAUCAUAUGAUGAAAGCUCAGAUGAGAUUGGUACUAUUCAGGUUCCAUCAACUUGGAAACCUGCCCUUGAGGAUUCCUCAACAUUGGAGAUAUUUUUUGAUUAUUAUGCAAUGAAUCAACCAUUUUCCAAAGAGGCAUUGGAGUGCUUGUUGCGUCUUGCUUCUACCAGACGAUCUUUGUUUUCUGAUGAUACUGCCCGAUUAAAGUUUUUGUCACACUUAAUGCAGGGCACCAAAGAAAUUUUGCAAACUGGAAUAGGUCUUACUGAACACGAUAACUAUCACACAUUUUGUCGGCUUCUUAGCCGCUUUAAAGUAAAUUAUCAGUUAUCAGAACUUGUGAGUGCUGAAGGUUAUAGUGAUUGGAUACACUUAGUAGCAGAGUUUACCUUAAAAUCUUUGCAGUCUUGGAAGUGGGCUGGCAGCAGUGUUUACUACCUUCUAAAUUUAUGGUCUAAAUCAGUGACAUCUGUGCGCUAUCUCAAGAGUGACAAACCUAACCUGCUAGAGGAAUAUGUCCCUAAAGUUAUAGAAUGUUUUGUGUCAUCGAGAUUUGAUUCAUUACAGUCUGAACUAUCUGAUGAACUCGGUGAAGACCCACUUGACAAUGUUGAAGUACUUCAAGAUCAGCUUGAAUUUUUUCCUUACCUAUGUAGAUUUCAGUAUGAAGGUUGCAGUUCAUACUUAAUGAAGAUAGUGGAGCCUAUCAUGCAAAGCUAUAUGAAGGAAGCAAAUCUCCAAAUCCCCAUGGAUAGUUAUGAACUUUCUAUAACAGAGUCCAAACUUGCUUGGUUCACACACAUAGUUGCUGCAAUACUCAAGACAAAGCAGAUGUCUGGUUUUAGUGGAGAAUCACAUGAGAUACUCGAUGCAGAGAUUUCAGCAUGUGUUCUGCAAUUGGUAAAUAUUUCUGACAGUGGGAUUCACAAUAAGAGGUAUGAAGAUGUGAGCAAGCAAAGACUUGAUCGAGCUAUACUAACCUUUUUACAACAUUUGAGAAGGUGUUAUAUUGGUGAUCAGGCUGUUUUUUCUUCCAAGCAGUUAUAUACCCGGCUAUCAGAACUUCUUGGACUCCAUGAUCAUCUACUACUGAUAAAUGUUAUUGUAGGAAAGAUUGCUACCAAUCUCAAGUAUUACACAAAGUGCAAAGAGGUCAUUGAUCAUACAUUAACUCUCUUCCUGGAAAUGGCAUCAGGAUACAUGACGGGAAAGCUGCUUCUCAAGUUGGAUACUGUUAAGCACAUAUUUUUGAAUCAGAAUAGGGAACAAUUCCCUUUCUUAGAAAAUUGGGAAUGUUUCCGCAGCAGAACAACACUUUAUUAUACUAUUGGCAUGUUGGUGUUCAUGGAAGAUAGCCAAUUGAAAUUCAAAUCUUCAAUGGAACCUUUCCUACAGGUUUUGGUUAGAUUGAAUUCAACACCCGAUGCAUUAUUCCAAUCAGAUGCUGUGAAAUAUGCAUUUAUUGGGUUGAUGCGUGACCUUCGAGGAAUAGCAAUGGCAACUAAUAGUCGAAGAACAUAUGGGUUCCUUUUUGAUUGGCUUUAUCCUGCGCACAUGCCAAUUCUUUUGAAAGGCCUUGCACAUUAUGCUGAAGUUCCAGAGGUAACAACUGCAUUGUUGAAAUUUGUUGCCGAACUAGUCCUCAACAAAUCCCAGCGAUUAACUUUUGAUUCUUCUUCCCCUAAUGGAAUACUACUUUUCCGAGAAGUCAGUAAACUUAUUGUUGCAUAUGGAGCAAGAACGUUGUCUCUUCCUAAUAGAGCAGACAUGUACACAUCCAAAUACAAGGGGAUAUCGAUUUGUUUGAUAAUUCUUGUACGAGCACUAUCUGGGAACUUUGUCAACUUUGGAAUAUUUGAACUUUAUGGUGACAGAGCACUCUUUGACGCUGUUGAUAUCACUAUAAAGUUGAUAUUGUCAAUUCCUAUGGGAGAUAUAUUUGCAUUUCGGAAGGUUGCUAUGUCUUACUUUUCAUUUUUAGAGAUUCUUUUCAAUGGCCAUUUGUCAUUUGUUCUCAAUUUAGAUAAAACUGCGUUCAUGCGAAUUGUUGGAUCACUCGAGUUAGGCAUUAAAGACUUGAGUGAAAAAAUAUCAUCGCAGUGUGCCUCUGCUAUUGACAACUUGGCUACAUUUUAUUUCAACAUUGUCACUGUUGGAGAGUCGGUUACCUCACCUGCUGCUCUUAAUACAGCUGGACUCAUCUCUGAGUUUCCUGAGCUAUUCUCUAGAAUAUUAAGAACUGUAUUUGAGGUUGUUGUAUUGGAGGACCGUGGUAAUAUGUGGAGUCUUAGCAGAGCAAUUCUAAGUAUGAUACUAAUCAAUGAAGAGAUGUUUGCAAAUAUCAAGGCUCAAAUUAUAUCUUCAUAUCCACCAGACAGACACCAGCGACUUUCUCUAUGCUUUGACAAGCUUAUGCAAGAUGUGACGCUCAGCUUGGACCCAAAGAACAGGGACAAAUUCUCCCAGAACCUGACAAGAUUUAAGUCUGAAUUUUGUGCCAAAUAGCAUGACCUUUUUCCUUUCCUCAGAAAUUUGUAAGGGUGUCUAAUUUAGAAUCCUGUACAUUUUUACCAUAGUCCUGUUUACCAUUUUGGUCUUUUUUCCAUGGUGGUGGGUUUUUUGGCGUGAUGAAAGGUCUGCUAGCAUACCUUUAAUAGAAAAAACAGGGACAGUGUACCAACUCCAAUUUAAAGAGAUGCAUUGAGAUGAAAUGCGGCUCAGGUGCUUUGAUGGGAAAGCUUUUACAUUUUUCCCCAUUUUCGCAAGGUUAAAAUUUGCCAAAUUGGAAAGGAAUUUUGCAAAUUGUAGGUAUUCAAUUACAGAUAAUUAUUGAAUGAAUUUACAGAUAAUUUAGUUUACAUAAAUAAUAUAAUUUGAUACUAUUUUUUUCA